AAGAAAGCGCAGUAGAACGUGUCACGUUUGCGCCGCACUCCUACGUGCUUAGGCUGUAUAACAUCACGCAACGUCAUGCGUCACGUUGCGCCUUUGCUCUACAGGCGUCGUAGGCGCCGUCUAUUACCGGGAUGGGCGGUCACUGCUUGUGACGCUGAUCAAGUGCAGCGCGGACCUGUUGCGCUUCGAGAGCCCAGCGAGCGUCCAGCAACUCUUUCAAUGUCAGUGAUGGAUUCCAGACAUUCCGCAGACGAGGGCGACGUGGGAAGUCUGGACAGCUUGAAGGCGCUCGCGGAGAAGCUGAAGUUGGAGACUCGCAGGCCGUCUUAUCUGGAGUGGCAGGAGACGCUGCAGAGCGGACUGUGGACGGACACAAAACCUCGCACCGCUUCGCACAAACAAGACCCCGGCGGACCUGCAGCUUUCGCGCGCAGCUGUCCGCACGUGGUCGUGCCAAACAUCUGCGGCUUUGACACCGUUGAUGACGCCUUGCAGUUUCUCAGGAAAGAGUUGAGGGAGAUGCAAGACCAGGACAACCAUCUGGCCCGUCAGCUGAUCCGCCUUCGUGGGGAGAUCAACAAGCUGAAAGUGGAGCAGGUGUGUGAGCGCCACAAGGAAAUGCUGGACAAUGCAACAUACGAGCUGGAGGAGUGCGGCGAGGAGUCCGAUCUGCUGUGCGACAUCCCCAUGAAGGCCACUUUCGCUCUGUCCACCCCGCUGAAACACCUGGGCCUCACCAAGAUGAACAUCAACUCCAGACGUUUCUCACUGUGUUAAAGCCUUACCCCUUCCUCCCGAUGAUGAGUAUUCGUUCCACUUGACUCCCAUCGAAUGCUGAGUCCUAUUUACUCUUUGGGAGGUCCGCACUGUAAACAAAAGGAAACAUUGCUGUAAGCUAUUUGCUGUAUGCGCAAUGGUGUGACAUACGUGGGGAGCGCUAACACAGAUGCGUCGCAUUACACUGGAUCGAGCCGCUCUAUCGAACACUUACACUUACAACUGCACAAUCCAAUGAAAGUCAAUUCUCCCUUUUUAAAGAUGAUAAUAUUCCGUUUCUUUUAUUUUUACACUUUUCAUUUGUGGUUGUAGAAAUGCAUUGCAUCGUGCUUGCCAUACUUUGUGCCCUUAACCUGUAGCUACAUAAGGUAAAUCAAAUAUUGAAAACACACCACUGUAAACCGCACCCACGAUAAUCAGCAGGCUCAAUAAACGCCUCUUGCGCAAACUGAAUGGAGUGUGAAGUUGUUUUCCACUUGUUGACGGGAGUGUCAGUCUAAAUUGUGCCCAAAGUCAGCUGGGAUAGGCUCCGGGUUCCCAUGACCCUGAACAAGAUAAGUGGCAUCGAAAAUGGAUGCAGAUGUUAGUGCAGAUGUUCCCAACAUGAUGAUCAGCGAAUCCGAGAUGCACUUUAUGAAUGGCUCUGCACAAUCAUUCUGAGUAGCGAUCGUAUUUCACAAAGAAACGGGCCCGAUUCAACGAUGUUCUGUUUUUUUGCUUUCUUAAAUUGGAUCGUAGAAAGGUUCUGAGAGAAACAAAAACAAAAAGUUGGAUUCACAAAGAGUUCAUACUUAAAGACGUAUUAUACAAAUGUAGAAUGAUGAAACAUCGGCAUUUUGCUCUGGCAUGACACACUUAAAUGUGUGCAAGUAUUCUGCGGUGUGUUGUUAAGAAGACAUACAUUGGUGAAUGUCACUUGAUUAUUUGAAAAGUGCAUAGGAAUACAAAUUACGAAUGACGGGCAAGGUUUUUCAUACAGUGACAUUACAUUCAUGCAGUUUUAGCCAUGUGAUCUGACACCAGCAUUUUGACAUCUCUUCUUCAGAAACCCUCAAUAGUGUGUGGACCAAUAUGGCCUUUCCAUUACAGGGUUGGGGUCUUUUCCGUUGCAAUGUACACAAGGUAACAAGUGUGAUGGUUUGCUUCCUGUUAACAAUAUCACCGGCUGCCAUGAGACGUUACUGUUACUGUUGAAGCCGUUGAAGGAUUUGUGCUUAAUAGAAAAACAUUAUGUGCAUGAUUGUUAAAACCUGCUACUGUAAGAUGUAUCCUCAAUGUGUAUAUAUCAUGUAACAGCCAAAUGCCUCAGAUGUAAAUUGUCAUUGCAACUCAAUAUUAAAAAAAACCAAAACAA